AUGGCGCAGAAAUGUGUCCAUCAGGGCUGCGGCAAGGAUUUCACCGACCCGACGGAAAAGUGCGAGUAUCAUCCCGGCCCGCCAAUCUUUCACGAGGGACAGAAAGGGUGGAAGUGCUGCAAGCCUCGCGUCUUGACCUUUGACGAGUUCAUGUCCCUCCCGCCCUGCACGACGGGCACCCACUCCACCACCGACAAACCCCCGCAGCUCGAGGAGAAGCCGCAAGAGGACGAUGCUGCCCUAGCCAAGAAGAUCGAGGCCCUCACCGCCUCGGGCCCACCGCGCGUGCCCAUCCAGCCCGCACAGCAGGCACCCGCGCCCCCGCCGCCGGCGCCCGAGACGGACGACGAUGACCCCAGCCUCGAGCUCGCCGACGGCGCGGAAUGCCGACGGAGGACGUGCGGGCAGAGAUACAAGCAGGGCAGCUCGCGCGAGGGCGAGAAGUGCGUGCACCACCCUGGGGUGCCCAUCUUCCACGAGGGCAGCAAGGGCUACUCGUGCUGCAAGCGGCGCGUCCUGGAGUUUGACCAGUUUAUGAAGAUUGAGGGCUGCAAAACCAGGGACCGGCACCUCUUUAUUGGGAGCGGUAGGAAAAAGGACAAGUCCGGCUCAUCAGGCGAGGAGAUUCUCGACUCGGUCAGACACGACUACUACCAGACCCUGACGACCGUCAUCGCCUCGUUCUUCCUCAAGAAGAUCAACAAGGAGACGGCCAAGGUCGAGUUCCGGCCGAAACAGCUCGCCCUGGACCUGACGACGAGCGAUUCGCCGCCGAAGCGCUACAGGGCCGAGGUGCCUCUAUAUGGCGCCAUUGACGCGGCAAAGUCGACGCACAAGAUCCUCGGCACGAAGCUGGAGCUGACGUUGGCCAAGGCCGACGGCGCGUCGUGGCCGGUGCUGCGGGGCGACGAGGCGUUGACGGGCGAGAUCGUGCAGGUCGGGCGGGCCGGGCGGGCAUAG